AUGGCCGAGUAUCAACCACAAGGAAUUGUUUAAUAGCCUGCUCUCUAUGGAACACCCCAAACAAUUACAGGUUAACCUCAAUUUGUGAGACCUAUUGUUCUUGGAAAUUCAACCUACUAACAACAACUAGUAACAAAUUAGAAUUUGGGUCAGAGCGGAUUCUAUUAAGGUGGUGGAGUGUUGGUUAAUCAACCAGUUUUGGGCGCAUCAGCAAUUAGUUCAAACAUAGUCUCAACUGGAUAAGCAGUAAAAGGAGAAUCAAGAAUUGAAUACAUUCCUUAUGAAAAGACAAUAAUGGAAUACGAAGAAGUGAGAAGACAGAUUUAGGUGCCAAUUACAAGAUAGAUCACAGAAUAUUAGGCCAUUUAAUAUGAGACUGAAUAUAUUCCUUAAGUGAUCUAAGAAAAAGUGAUUGAAUAUAUGCCAGUUGAAAAGUUUGCUGAAAGAGUAGAAUACCAAACAGUCACGAGAUAAAAUGUGCUUUAAAAUACUGUACAAUAAGUAUAGUAAACAUAAAUUUAACCAAUUGUGACAACCCAAACAUACUAAACAACCACUCCUAUUGUCUAAACAGUCUAAUAACCUAUUGUCACAUAAGUAGCUUAACCAAUUAAUGUUCCACAAACCUAUUAUUCUACAUAUUAAUGACCAAUCGCUACAUAAUAUAUUUAGCAACCUCUCCCUGUUUAAUAGUCAAUCCCAGCCCCAUUAUAUCAGACCUCAAGUCCUAGAUUAAGAUAGCCUUCACAAUUUAUCAAAGCAUCUGCUCCAGUAACAACAACUU